AUGCUUUUUCUAGAAAAAAAGGAGUUGAUUCAAAUAGUCUCCUGGAUUUUUCACACCAACUAUAAUAUAUUAAUUGAAAGACAUAUUCAUUCAAUUGUUUUAUUUGACACUAUAAACAAUAAAUUACCUUAUAUAAAAUCUUUAGCAGCAAAAGAAGGAUGUCAUUUAUCAUCUUUUUCAUUUGGUGGUAGAUUUUUAUUUUUAUUUGAUUUAUGUCCCAUUAUUCCAACUCAUAGAAUUAAUGAUUUAAAACUAGGUAAAAAUCUUAUAACUAUUGAGGAUAAUUUUGGAUUUUCUAAAAAAUUAAGAAAAUACUCAUUAUCUAAAAUCAAAUUAAUAGAUGAUGAUACAGGUGAAAAAUUUUCAGAUAAUUCUCAAGAUAUAUUACCUUUAAAUUUUGAUGAAAAUAGAAAAUAUCCUGUUUUAUUUUCAUUUACGGUGGACCUGGUUCACAACAAGUUACAAAAAAAUGGAGUAUUGGUUUUAAUUCAUUAG